UAAAUAUUUGAUUUUUCCCAUUCUAAAUCUCAAUUUUCGAUCAAAAUUAACAAAAUUCCCCCUAUUUUUUGGAAAACCCUAAGACGGCCAGGCCAAAAUGUAUUCCUGUUGCUGCCGAUCGCGCGGCGAUCGCACCGAUCCGAUGGCCUGCCUGCCAUCGUUUCCGCGUCUCCAGCGCUCUUCUUUUUUGGAGGGAAGACAAGGCAGCUCUUGUUUGUCGACCAAAAGGCGAUGGGGUCUGAUGAAUGUGGGCAUGAUUCAGGCACUGGCCAAGAUGGUGAAUCAAUCGACCGAAAGGGUGGGCCAGUUUCUACAUCAGCUCACCCUGCAGCUCUUUGCAAGGAUUUUGCAACCAUUGAUGGCCGGUUGGAAUACGCGCAAGAUUCCGUUUACUCUGCCCGACACCUGUGAGCUGUACUACGGAAUAUUCGAUGAGUGUGGCAACAUCAGGUGUCCCAUACCCACAAGGACCCUGCUCAUUCUUAUAACCAUGAUGCAGUAUUUCCUAAACUUGCCAAGAGAGUGUGGCAGAAAAAUAGAAGGCCUCAAGCGGAGAUGUAAGUGUGGGAGUACCGAAGAUAGCCUCAAGGACAUACAUAAUCCCGGUUAUUGUCGGAAUGUUGUACUUUUCGGUGGUCCCAGGACCCCGAGAAGCGAACCCUCCCCGAGGAGCGUUAUUUGGGCCGGUCUCAGACGAUUGGGUUACGAUAGGUCCAGUGCCGGCCUACAGAGCUUUUCCUCGGACGAGUCCAUACCCUAUGGCUAUGCUCCACAUCUGUGUCCUUGCCAGGGUUCUGGAGCUCCUAGAAAGCCUGCGGUUAGUCAAUAUGCCAAUAUUUCGGGGCCCAUGGCUUGGCAGACUGCCUGCGAGCGGGAGCUUCAAAGUCCCCUGUUAGUUUCCGAUUGCAAACAGAGGGCUCCGUUGGAACAGAUGUCACCGAAGCAAGUGCAAUGCUAUUGCAUAGCCAACAUCUCCGAUCUAUACACUGCAGUUGUACAAAAUCAACAUUCACGCCAACUUUUAACAGAAAUCAAGCCGCGAAAACCAAGAAUUAUACCCUGCCGUCAGGAAAAGAGCCGAUGCGGUGGCGGCAUGAUGAUGAUUCCCCAACCCUAUUGCAAUAGCAUGCCCUGGAGUUGGUUGCAUCGCGACCCAAAGAAAGCAAUCCAACUUCCCAAUGGAAGGGUAAUGACUCUAUAUGGAGGCCAACUUAUCAAGAAAGGGUAUCAAAGACUUGGGUGUAACUAUGAUCAGGUUAAGCCCCUCAGGGAAAAUAGACUAUUGCCUGAUGGGUAUUCACCUCAAGACAGUGCUCUCCAAGCCUUGAAGCCCUAUAGGCCACAAGAAAGAGUCUACUUUACCACUGACAACUGCUCAAAAGCUCUGCAUAAUCUUCCCCAGAUUGGUUAUACAAGAGAUAUAUCGGGACAAUUGGAGGAUCAAGUAAAUCAAGCUAGGCUGGUCAAGGAUCCCUUGGAUUAUUGCCAAGAGAUGAUGGAGAUAGAUCAAUUGAGAGUUCACAAAACAUGGAGUUUUUCAAGACCUCUUUCACCUAUAAGCAGUAAAAGAAUUCAAAACAAUUCCAUUUCCAAGAAUGUUUUAAAAUCAAAUUAUUUAGAAAGAAGUAAAAUCCCUAAGAGAUCUAAUCAAGACAGCUCCUUGGAGCCCGAGAAAGCAAACCCUGUUAAAAAGAUCCUACAAACCAGGAAUAUAGUUUCCCCUGAAGCUAGUAAGGUUAUGACACCCGAUUACUCGGGUUCAGGGGAAUAUAGAAAGGAUACAGAUAAAGAAAAUUCUAGAACGAAAAAGGAUUCAAGAAAAGUGGCUGGUGAAAGUCUAUUUUUUAUAUCACCUGCAAGGGUUAUAACAAGUCAGCUCAAACUAGUGAAACCUAAUAUGUUCCAUUCUAGCUCAAUGGUAAAAUCAUUAAUGAAUCAAAAAUCUAUUCAAAGUUUUAAAUCCUUAGAGAAAAAAGUACAUUUUCCGGUUCCCACAAUUAGAGAAAUGCAAGAAGAGCCUAUAAAACCCUACAAAUAUAAGACCAAAAGUAGAGAUCAUACCCAGACAUUACAUAAACUAUAUAAAAGAUCCUCGGAGGAAAAUUAUAAAGAAAAGAUGAACAGAAAAGCUCACUUUCAAAGAAAUAUUUUACGAAAUCGAUCAAUUAGUAGAGAACGAACCAAGACUCAAUCAAGAGAAAGCAAGUCACCAGAAUCAAAGCUUAGAUUCCCUAAUUUAUUUCUUGCUUUAAGUAGAAAAAUCAAUGAAAGAUCUGGUAAUACCAAGGAAAUGGGUCCAAGAAAUAUAAGAAUAUCACAUAAAUCAAGAGUCAAGACCACCGAAUAGUAAUUACCAAAGAAAAGUCCCUGAAAAAGGAAGUCAAGAAGCUAAAUAUCAGAUCAACUUGAUCUAUUCCCAUAAAUAGUUUUUAGUUUUAGUUAUUUUAAACAAGUGUCAUCAAAUCGUGUGCCUGGCCGCCUAUUAAAUUAUAUUUUGAAAA